CACUAAGAUGGCGGCGGUGGCGGGCGGACGCAGCCCGGAGUCGGCUGACCGACAGCAGCGGCUGCUCCGGGCCCUGGGGCCAUUCGAGCCGCUGCUGACCUACUGCCAGACCGUGUUGGUGUGGGAGAGGCCGCUGCACAGCCUGGGCCUGCACCUGGCUGCCAACCUCGGCUUCUGGUUUCUUGCGUUAACCUCGCUGAGGCUGGUGUUCCUGGUCGCCUUCGGUCUGAUAGUGAUCGUGUGUGUGGACGCCUGGAAGGGCAGAAUUUGGCCUGGGCUGCGAUCUCGCAGCCUUCGGUUCAGUACAAUGGAACUGAUGUUUUUUAAGAAAACGGAUCGUGCUGAGACACAAGUGGAGGAGGACAGUGACAUGGAGAGCUGGGGUCUUGUUCACCCAAAACUAAUCAGCGUCCCAGAACUUUGUCACAGACUGGCCGAGUUCUCCGUCAGUGCAGAAAGAUUCCUGAAGAACCUGUACCUUUUUAAGAAGCAGAACCCUGGUCAGUUUUGUCUUUUAGUCUGUGGUGUGUUCACACUCCUGGCUGUCGUUGGGCGAUACAUUCCCGGCCUCCUGCUCUGCUACGUCAGCUUGCUAGGCCUGCUACUGUGGCCUCUGGUUGUCUACCACCAGCUGUCGUUAAAGGCUUACGCCAGGAUCGAACCCUUGCUCAAGCGUCUGGAUUUCAGCGUGAAGGGAUACAUGGUGACGAGGCAACGUGAGCGUCAGUUGCGUCGCCGAACAACAGCCGUCAGGGCUGCAGACGAUGGGAGUGACAGCGAGGCUGAGCUGGCUGCAUUCUGCCCCAAGUUCGAUGACUCUACGUUCGGUAAGGAACUGGAAAUUUCUGACUUCGAGCAUUCAGACGCAGAGGUGUCGUACACAGAAAACGGAACUUUCAACUUAUCCCGAGGACAGACCCCGAUCACAGAUGGCUCUGAGGAUUUCGACCGCCAUAGCGACCCUGAGGAGUCAUUUGCGAGAGAUCUCCCGGAAUUCCCGUCCAUAAACCCCGAUGCGACGGGACUGGACGACGACGACGACACCAGCCUGGGUAUUCCAACGACAUCCUACCAGCCCCUGCUUCAGGAUAACGCGAGCCUGUCCUCUGAUCAGGAGGAUAUCGAUGAAGACCUGUCCCAGAGCGGGCUGCCGUCGCCCCUGAGUUUCACGGGUAGCCAGGGCUUCUCUCUGGCAGGAGCGAUCGCCAGCAACGUGGUGGCGGCCGCGUUGUCGGGGGCCGCUCCGGAGGGACGGUCAUUGGGAGCUGCUGCUGUCCAGGCCUUGCACAAGCACGGAAGCGUAGAGGCGGACACGGAUGUGGAGGGAGACGAUUUUGAACUGCUGGACCAAUCAGAACUGAAUCAGGACGAGAACCUUGGCACCCACAGCCGGGGCACACGACAGCCGUCAAAGGCAGGGUUCCUCUCAAACUUUCUUCGAAAGCAGUAGGUUUGUGUGGGUGUUGCUAGACGACGCCACGUGGACCCAGUAGUUUAGCAGGGGAAGGGGGUCUGUGCAUAGGUUAAUAUAUCUUGAUUGGCUCCAUGGUUGCCCUUCCUUUCUCACAUGUGAACACAUUUGCACAGCUCAGUGUGGCAUAGGUUUACUGAUACUUUGUGUGAUCAAACCCCAAUCAAUAAUCAAUCUACCCAGACAGGUAAUUGAUACCCAGCUGACACACUUGGAUCAACAGAAUUGUCGUAGACGCAGCUUGGCGUGGUUUUGUGUACGUAAAAGGUGAAAUUCCGGCAACUGUCUGUGAGGUAUUUCUGCACAUCCUCCCCACAGUUAAUGUUCUUUAGCAUGGUGGAGAGUUGGUGAGUAAAGCCAGGCUUCGUGUGUGUGCGUGUGUGUGCGCGCGUGUGUGCGUAUGUGUGGUUUCAUUGUGACCUCGUAAAAUGCAUCAUUAUGCACUUAAACGUUCACCAGCUAGGAUCCGAGUUGCAGGGUGAAGCAAUUCGAUCCAAACUAUCGAGCACGGAUACUCAUAAGCGGCAGAUAAGAAGUAAACAUCGCUGUAGUUGGCUGAGAACAGCAGGACGUUUGGCAAGUUCAGCCUUGGGAUGUGGCGGGGGUGUGGGGUGGGGUAAAGGGGCUGAUAUGGGAAGAGAGAUGCUUUUUUAGAGUCCCUGUUUCAUCUCCCAAUGCCAAGGGAAAGUCACAAUCCUGCAACACGGGUGGGGGGGGGGUUUAAUUGGUUCUAACUAGUGGGAUGUUUAAACCCUGGUGCAGAAUUUCCUUGUGCUUCGCACCUCGUCUCCGACGACUGUUCCAUACCUCUACAGCUGUCUGUUUGGCUUGAACCUUGUCUGCUUGUUGUACCUCAAAACUCUGCAGUCCCACCUUCAGAGGUGACUGUAUUUUAAUUUAUUCAGUGUGUAGGAUGCAGACGCUACUGGCACUUGUCAGCUGGAAUUGCGGUGAGGAGCUGACCGCAAUGAGUGGAACAGGAGUUGGUGCUCUUGUUUUCUGUGCCAAUACAUUGCUGAAGAUGGUCUCUAUACCAAGAGACGCCGCACAGCAAUAACUUUCAGUUAGUCCAUCAGAUCGUGAUGACUCUUUAUUUAAAAAAAAUAUAUGACCAGGCCUGAGGGUCAAAAAAUGUUUCGGAAUGAGCUUAGGUAGUGUUACAGGAAGGGGUUGUGAACUUCCUUGGAUUUAUCAGACCAAGGGUUCUGGCUGAAAUGUGGUAAUAAUGACGGUCAGACACUACAGUUCAGUGAUCGGGUGACAGGUGAAGUUGGUCCCUCGACAUCACAGAUGCCCUUGGGUAACAGAUGAGAAGUCUGAGCCUGCGAUUGACAUCGGAUUUGGUCACGAUGAGACCCGAGGUGUGACCACUGCUGUCUUGACGCCGAACGAUGCUGACCGUCUUGCAGCUUUCUCUGACCGUAACCCUCAGGGGGGAAAAGGCGACAGGUGAGAAAUCUGGACCUGGGACGCCGGGACCCAAGGAGCAACCAUACUGUCUAACGUUGAGAAUCUCGCUGCUUCCCCUCCGUGAGGAAGCAGUCCCCCUGACUGUAGUGACGUCAGCGUAGUGUUGCACUGCCUUUCAACGACAGUUCAACAGUUUCCGUCUGUUUGAUCAGGGAAGAAAACAGCAAAUCAAAAUGCAAAUACUAAGCUCCAGGCCAAGGUGUUUUGAAGUAGGUAAAUGCCGUAAUCCAAAGUUCUGCGGUGAUGUGACGAAGCAAUAGUUUUAUUUAAGUUCAUUUGAGUGAGCAGACUUCUUUGAAGUUUCAGAUAUUUUUAAUACAUGUUCAUGACUUUUUAAAGAAAUUCAUUAUUGAUGGAGCACAGUGUGAUUUGUUGUAUUUGGAUAGAAAGUGAAGAUCCAGUGGGCGCUGUGUAAAAGUAGAUGAGGUGGUCAGUGCUUCUGUUUCAAUCCUUCAUCUGUCUGAACAUUGUGUUUGAGUUGAACUGUAGUGUUGAAGGAUUGUGAGAAAGUUCCAUUGAAAAUGCAGGCGUUACGAUUGUAAAUGCACAAUGGAUUACAGAGCGUUUGUGUAAAACUAUUGUCCUGGCCUCGUGUGCAGUGAUCCACGUGGCCACUUGUGAAUUCUCAUUAACUGGCUUUCACAAGAGGUUCAUUUCAUGUGAUCUUUCCGCAGGGUCUGGACUGUAGAUGCUAGCUGUUAAUAAUUGUGAUUCCAUCAGUUCCUGAAAUUUAAAAAAAAAUCUAUAAAGAACGGGUUGAUCCCUUACACCUUUAGAAAAUUGUAUGAAAUUAUAUGAAUACUAAAGUUUUAUUUGAAAGUUAGUGAGCUUUAAGCUUUGGGAAUUCGAGGCAAAGCCUUUCCUUGCCGACAGCUCCGACAUUUUAAUCCAAUUGACAUUUUCAGCAUUUCAUUAGAAGCCAAGGCAAUUAAAAUAUUUUGUAAAUGCAGAGUGGAUUGAACUGUUGUGUAGAACGUGCAGUGUGUAUUUUUGAUGUUAUGUGAUCUUCAGAAGCACCUUGUGUACUUUCCAACUUGUUCAUGUUCGAAGAUUGACUGACUUGAUCCAUUUGGACAUGUUGUUUUUGUAGAAAAGUCACUUUAUUUUUGAAUCACUCAUUAAAGUGAUUUUCUAAGUAUG